AUCGAGUAGCCGUCGUUUAAAUCCUCAGAUCGAUCUUUCCAAAAAUUGCAACUAGCCGUUACGAUUCUCUCUCUCUUUCUCUUCCUCCCCACUUUCAAACCUCUCUCUCAAUCUUUAGAGCUUUCUUGACCUCUCUCUUGCAAUUUUCUUCGUUCUUUGUUUCUUUUAACAACCCAAAGAUUUCAGAUUUGUUAACAAAUUAAGGGGUUCCGAACAAUUUGUAUAAGUCAAUGGCUUCUCCAACCAACAAAAAUCCCUCUUUUUCUCCUCCAAUCCCUAACAGACCAAACCCUAAACCAAGAAACUCUGAAGCCGGUGACCCGUUACGCCGGAGCUUUGGUGGCAAUCCUUUUCCGGCGAAUACAAAAGUCAAUAUCCCCUCAGAGUUUACUCGGAGGAACUCUUUUGGUGGAGAAGACAAAGAGAACGAGACCAAAGCUGUUACAACUCCAAAAGUUUCCAAGAACUUCAUGUCACCAACAAUCUCAGCAGUUUCUAAAAUAAAUCCAUCGCCAAGGAAGAGAGUGUUGUCUGAUAAAAACGAAAUGUCUCGGUCCUUCUCUGAUGUUAAAGGUCUUAUCUUGGAAGACAACAAAAGAAGUCAUCACCGUGCUAAGUCAUGUGUUUCGUUUUCAGAUGUCAUACACUCCAUUUGUAUUGAUGAUAAGAUGCAGUUUGAAGGGUCACAUGACAUGACUGUGACUGAUUUUGAUGAGAAGGAAGUUUAUGAGAACAAAGGGAUUACAUAUUCUGAUCCAAGGUUCAGGAUCAGUCCUCGUCCUUCUGUUCCAUACGCAUCUCCUGAAUUUGCAGCUCGUGAAGUUGAUACUACAUUGUUGCCUCCUUAUGAUCCGAAGAAGAAUUAUCUGUCGCCGAGGCCUCAGUUCCUUCAUUAUAAGCCGAAUCCAAGAAUCGAGAAGCGUUAUGAUGAGUGCAAGCAGCUUGAGGAACUUUUCAUCUCUGAAAGCUCUUCUUCGGAAACUGAAUUGUCUGUAGAAGAAUCUGAUACAUGUGAGGAACAGGACAAGGAUGGAGCUGAGGCAGUAGUAAAAGAUGAAACUGAAGAGGUGGAGCAAUUGGAAGCAGAGAGUGAUGAAGAAAUGGUUUGUGAAAGCGUUAAAGAAACAAGUCAGAUUCCAAAACAGUCUGGUUUCAGGAAAUUCAAGUUCCUUGGUUGGUUUUUGGCUUUGGCCAUGGCGUAUUUGUUAGUUUCAGCGACCUUUUCUCCACCGAUGAUCUCAACUUUCAACGAGUUCCAUAUCCCAAAAGAAAUCACAGAGUUUGCAAAAGCUAAUAACUUGGACAAGUUGAGUGAAAAGUUUUGGACUUUGAUAGAUUCAUCACUUGUGUACAUGGAUAAGCUGAUCUCAAGUCUUGGAGGAGGUAAUGAGGAAUAUGGUCAGUUGCAAUUUCAUAACUUGACGUAUACUCUGGAGGAUAAUACUGUUUUCCAGCCAACAAGAGAUAAAAUCAUUGAAGAACCACUACAAGAGAAGAGCACAGUUGAAACCAAUCUUUUAGAUGUCUAUGGAGAGGAUGGUUCUGUCAAUGUCUAUGGAGAGGAUGUCUAUGGAGAGGAUGGUUCUGUUAAUGAAGAACCAUUACAAGAGACGAGCACAGUUGAAACCAAUCUUUUAGAUGUCUAUGGAGAGGAUGGUUCUAUCAAUGUCUAUGGAGAAGAUGUCUAUGGAGAGGAUGGUUCUGUCAAUGGAUCUGAGCUAAAGAGUGGAGGAGAGGAGAAAUCAGAUGGGGAUGCAGAAACUAAUGAAUCUGAUGAACAGACUGAGGUGAGAUGGAACACAGAUAUAGAGCUGAGUGAAGUUGAAGGGAACUUGAAUGCUCUUUCCGGAAAUGGCUUCGAGUGGAACACUGAAGAACAGAGAGAGUCUGAGGUGACUCCUGAAGAAAAGCUUGAGACAGGAUCAUCCAAAAAGGACCAGGAGGAGCUGGAAGAAGCUGAAUCAGAAGCUAUCUACAUUAACCAGCAUGCUGAAUCCGUUGCCAUCAAUCUCCACCAGCAAAAAGAGAGUGAGAUACUUGCUGCUGAAAGUGAAGGUAUUGGAGAAAUUGGUCAUGAUGUUCUUCAUCUUGAAGUAAGUUCUUCUAACAAGGCUGAUAGUGAUUUAGCCAAAGCUGAUGCUGAAAGUGGAACAGAAGAAGCUUUUGGAGAAAAUGCAACAGAAACUAGUGAUGAUGUUCAUCCUGAAGUAAGGUCUGAUAAUGAUUCAGUCAAGGCUACGAUAGUAUUGUCCUCGACUAUGCUGGCUCUACUCGCAGCGGUUGCCUACAUGUACGUUAAGAAGUUAAAAUCUGUGGCUGCAUCCGCUGAGACCAUCAUCGAGGAUGUACCAGUAGAGAAUCUGACAAAAGAAAAGCUUUCUUCACUUAACUUCGAGGCCGAAGGAGGCAAGAAGAAUACCAACAGUAGCAGUAGCAAGUUGAGGAGAGAAUCAAUGGCUUCUUCAGCAUCAGAGUACUCUGUUGGCUCCUUUUCUUACGGAAGUUUCACAACUUAUGAGAAAAUGAAGAACAUCAUGACCAAUUUCUUAUCAAAAGUGGUGAUAGAGAAGAAGAGAUGAUUACACCAGUGAGACGUUCAAGCCGGAUUAGGAACAAACCAUCUGGGCUAUGAUAAAGAGAGACAGACUUGUCAAUUCAUUCAUUGCACCAUUCUGCAAUCUUUUAGUUUCCUAUGAAUUAGAAUUAGUUUUUUUUUUUCACUUCUAUAAAUCUCCUGAUUUGUACCAAACUUGAUUCAAUCUUGAAUUGAUUCAAUCCAAAGUUUUCUUUGUUGAAACAAUGUCUCUCAAUUCAUCAUGUUCGUUUAGAAAGCUGCUCAAGUUUUCUUCUUGCUCACUCUCUCGC